CCUCAGGCUGGAGCCCGGGUCAGGUUUGGCACCUUCCUGCAGACACCUACCCGCUCGAGGCUGGCGAGCGCUCCGCCCGGCCCCUCGGUUCCUGUCCGGCCGCCGUCCCUCUGUCCCUCCGUCCAUCCCUCCCGCCACGAGAGCGGCCGGCCGAGAAGGCGGCGAGAGAGGAGGACUGAGCAGAAGAAAGACCUGGCCGGGUCUGCGCGGCGGCAGCGCCCGAAAGGGAGGCGGCGGCCACGGCCGCUCGGGACGCGAGGCCCGACAGCAGGCAGCGGCGGCGGCGGCCGCUCCAGAGCCCCGCGCCGGGGCCGUUAGUCAGCAGCAGGCGAGCUCGCGCGGGCCGGCCUUUCUCCCGCGUCCCCGCGCCCGGGCCGCCGCGCCUCGUGAGGACAGCGCGCCGGCGCAGCGCCCCCCGCCGCCCCGCCCCCGCCGGGCCGCGGCCCUCGGUGCAGCUGUUUCAAGUAAAAUGAGCAUCUUUCUCUGCAUCUAUAUGCCAGGAAUUUAGAAAUUCUCUUCAUCUAAUAUUCCCAGCCAACUCGACAAAAGUUUGCAAAUAAGAAAAUUGGGGCUCAGAGAAGUAUAUUGUAUGAAGUCACACAACUAGAAGAAGAUGAAUAACCUUUCAUUUAGUGAGCUGUGUUGUCUCUUCUGCUGCCCACCCUGCCCAGGGAAAAUUGCUUCAAAAUUAGCAUUUUUGCCACCUGAUCCAACUUACACACUGAUGUGUGAUGAAAGUGGAAGCCGAUGGACUUUACACCUAUCAGAACGAGCAGACUGGCAAUACUCAUCUAGAGAAAAAGAUGCUAUUGAAUGUUUCAUGACUAGAACCAGUAAAGGCAACAGAAUUGCCUGCAUGUUUGUGCGUUGCUCGCCCAAUGCCAAAUACACUUUACUCUUCUCACAUGGAAAUGCUGUUGAUCUUGGUCAGAUGAGCAGCUUUUACAUAGGACUGGGAUCUCGGAUUAAUUGUAAUAUAUUCUCAUAUGAUUAUUCCGGAUAUGGUGCAAGUUCUGGGAAACCAACAGAGAAGAACCUCUAUGCAGACAUAGAAGCUGCUUGGCUUGCCCUCAGAACAAGAUAUGGCAUUCGCCCUGAAAAUGUGAUUAUAUAUGGCCAAAGUAUAGGGACAGUACCAUCUGUGGAUCUUGCUGCUCGAUACGAGAGUGCUGCUGUUAUUCUUCAUUCUCCUUUAACCUCAGGAAUGCGUGUUGCUUUUCCUGAUACUAAGAAGACUUAUUGUUUUGAUGCAUUCCCAAACAUUGACAAAAUCUCUAAGAUAACCUCUCCAGUAUUAAUAAUUCAUGGGACUGAAGAUGAAGUCAUUGACUUUUCACAUGGCCUUGCAUUGUUUGAGCGUUGCCAAAGGCCUGUGGAGCCUCUCUGGGUCGAAGGGGCAGGUCACAAUGAUGUGGAACUUUAUGGACAGUACCUUGAAAGGUUGAAACAGUUUGUGUCACAGGAACUGGUAAAUUUGUAAAAUAUUCUUUAAAUUUGCAUACUGGGUUUUUUUGUUUUGUUUUUUGUUUUGUUUUGUUUAUUCUUGCUGAACUGCACUCUGGUGAAUAGCAUAAAACCUGAAGGUUUUGUUUGCAAAUCAUGUCAGUUGCCUUCAUAAAUGUACAGGUAAUGAUUUGUUAACAGACUUAAUGAAGGUUUUAAUUACCAGAACUACAAACUGGAAGUAACAGUAUCAUGCAGUCAAGCUGUGUAAUUUAUAUUUUUUCUGUGAAUUUUUUUUAAACAUCAAGAUGAGUACUGUAUAAAAUUUUGAUUCUAUAAAAUCAAAUGGUGUGAAAGUAUUGCCAAAUGCUUUUGCAUAUCAGAAAAAAAUUUAUAAAUAUUUUUAAAACAUCUCAAUGCACUAAAUCUCCUGGUACAAUGUAAUAACCUUUCAGUAAAAAGCUGUACAUCUAAAAUUAUUCAAGUACUCAAAAACUGUAUAAAACCUUGUGAGUUCACUAGAUGACCUAAGCCCUGUUGUACAGGUAUAGAAGUUUAAAUGGUAAUUUUAUUGUAAUAUACAUUUUUCUGUAUUUUCUGGCUAUCAUAUAUUUUAUCCUUUAAAAAAUUAUGUAAGUUUUAAUUUUUAUGCCCUCUGUUGAUUUACCCAACUAGCUACCUUGUAAAUGAGAAGUCAUCAUAGCAUUGAAAUUUGACUAGCUUUUGAUUUUUAAGUUUGGUACUGUGAGGCAACUAAAGAUUUUCAUUUUAGUUAUUUAAGAGGAACUUAGAGCUUAAAAGAAUGAUUUUGUAUGCAAUGUUGUUUUAAUUUUUACUAAUCUUGUAGAAUGGCAGUACUCUUCAUUAUAAGAAAACCUGAAAGUCCAUUAGAUGUUCUUCAAGACCACAAACAGACUGGCUAUUUGAUCCCUUUUCACUUGGGCUAUUUUAAGAAUAGGAUCUUUUGUUCUGGAUAACUAACUGAGAAUUUCGUGGAUUCACUCCUGGAUGCAGAAGAUAAAGAAGAUGCUUAAUUCAUAACUUUUCUAUUAACCAAUGUAGUAAAAAAAAAAUAAAGCUCACACACACACACAAAAACAAAAAAAACUAAGUUGCCUUUCCUUGAAUGAAUCCUGCCUGAAUAAAGCAAUGAAAGAAAAAUAAAAUUAACGGUAUGUAGUCUAAUUUGUAAAUGAAUGAAUAUUGAAAUAAUAUACACUGUGGAUAUAUUUUAAGGCCUUAUGUAGUUUUCAUUGUUCUGCUUGUCCUGUGGUUAUGUCUUAAGACUAUAGUAUAUGAUUCUCUUCAAAGUAUAUCAAGUAUUGUGAAUGCUUUGGUUCAGAUGUGUCAAAUUAACAGUAAAACAAUAUACCACUCA